AUGCCUCGGCUCCUGAGAGAUGUGCUCUGUGUCAUCGAGACCUUCCACAAGUAUGCCAGGGGGAAUGGUGAUGAGGCAGUUCUGACCUGCAGAGAGUUGAAACAGCUUAUCCAGGGCGAGUUUGGGGAAAAUCUUCAGCCUCCUGUCAUCCAUGCUAUAGACAGAGACUUGAAUCUUCAGGAUAUCGACAGCAAUGACACCAUCAGUUUUGAUGAAUUUGUUCUUGCAAUCUUCAGUCUGUUGAACUUCUGUUAUCUUGACAUACGAUCAUCACUAAACUCAGAACCAAGACAAGUGUCUACACUAGGGGAGAAGCCAGAUGAUAUGGAUCUUCAAGUAACCAGUGUAACUGGCCAGCAGAAAGAGGGACCUUCACCAACUCAAAAAAAAGUUGUGAUUCCUUCAGUAAUGGCAUCAUCACCUCAGCUUGGCCCUAAAGAAGGGGGAGCAGUUGAAUAUAAUAGGGUGGACCCACAGGGAGAUACUACAACUCACAAACUGCCAGUAAAAGCAUCUGAGCACAGUGACCCAAAGGACCAACACCUGGAAGGAGGUGAACAGAGCCAGGAAGUGGCCCAAGAUGUACUGUCAAGAGGAAACAGUGGGGCCCAACUUGAGACAAAGAAGCCAACAGGAUCAGCACAGAUCAGCAGUCUCAUAAAGCGGGAGGGGCAGGAUAAAGAGAUUCUCAGGGAGGGAGAUAAGCCAGUCAGGGAGCAAAGUGACACUAAGACAAGAGAAGAGUUCAUAGAACAGGAAGGGAAGUUGGAAACCCAAAAUUAUCCACUGGAAGAAACAAGAGAGAGGCCAUCUAAAGAUCAGGAAGUCGCAGGAGAGAAGGGUGGUAAGGACCACUCUGAAACACAAGAACUGCCACUGCAAAGAAAAGAUGAGCCCCGUUCAGACUAUGUUGACCUGUCAGAACAAGCUGCUGCCCAGAAACCAUUUCAGACACAGAAAUCUACUGAUCCUGAGGAUGACAGUGGAACAGCUGAGAGUCAAGAACCAGAAGAGGAUGCUAGUAGGAUGCUACCUGAGACAAAGAAUUUAGCUGAACCUGAGGAUGAUAGUAGAACAUCUGAGACCCAAGAACCACCAGUACAAGAAAAAGAAUAUGAAAAAAAGGACAUGCCAGUCCAAGGUUACAGCAGAAAUGUUUCAGAAACACCCACUGUUAGAGCUGAAAGGAAAGAGCUAAGAGGCCCUGAGGUCCAUCAAACAGCAGGGCAGAAAGAAAGUGAGAGAAGAACUCAGUCACCAGUGCUGAAUGGCCAAACAGAGGAUGGGAAGUACUGGGAGCUCCAGGAAUCAUCAUCAAAAGAAAAGAAUGCUGAAGAAGAUUCUAAGACACAAGAGUUAAGCUCAGAAGGAGGAGAUAAGAAACAUUCUGAAAUUGAAGGAGCAAUCAGCCCGGAAGAAGAGGCGAGACACGCUGAAGAAAGCACAGUAGAAGGGCUUGAGAGCAGCAAAAAUGCCUCUGCAACAGAAGGGAUACCAGGAGCAAGAGAAAGAACACAGGAGUUGACACCACUUGGGAAACAGUCUGGAGAAAAAAAUAAGAGGGUGGCCAAGACUCAUUACAAGCCAGUCAAGGAGAAUGAUUGUUACCAAGGGGAGGAUCCUGAGCCAAAAGUCACACAAAAUGGUGAGGGGUCUUCUGAAACCCCCAGCAGCCUGACUCCAGAGAGUGGUGAGAGCAGCUUAGAGACAAGUGACCUGCCUGUGCAAGGGGAUUCCCAGAGUCAAAAAGAUCCUCCCGGAGCAUCCGAGCAAGGAAGUCACAAUAAUAACCCAGACACCCAGAAACAGGUAGCACUAGGUGAGAAAAACAGAUUUCAGGAGGCAGUAGUGCUGGCAGUCAGAGAGGAUGAGCAGCUCACCCAGGAACAGGUGUGGCCUGUUGGAGAAGAGCACAAGAGCCAGGGCUCAGGGACCAAAGGCCCAGGUCCAGCUGUGGAGCCCGGCGGACACCCAGAUAACAAUGAAAAGGCCCUGGAGACAGAGUUCCCAGAUGCCCUGAGUGCAGGCUUUGCUGACCAGCUUCCUGUAAGGCAGCUUUCUUCAGAGAAAGACAGCAGAAAAGAGCCAAAGGUCCAGGGCUCAAGUACUGAAGAAGAGGAAGACGGAGCACCAGAGGCCCUAGUUAAAAAUCUGGAUGAGUAUAGUUCAGUCUCCCCAAAGGAACCUGCAAUGCUGGAGGGGAACGAAUGCCCUCAAGAGCUUCUUCUAGCCAAGAACAUGCAUGAUUCUUCAGUCCCUAAAUCAGGGCUUAAAGAGAGGAUGCAGAGGGACCAAGAGCUCUAUUCUGUGGAGAGGGUUGCAGUUCAUUCUAGUGCACUGUACAAGUACCUGCAAGAGAAGAUACUGCAGCAAAUAGACAUAACCCAAAAGGAGCAUCGAGAUCAAGCUCAGACAACCAGUGUAUCAAGCCCAGAGCUCCGCAAUGACCAGAUCAGUGCAUUCCUCACCAAUGAAAUCUCAGAUUGUCCUGCCUUUUUCAUUGGCAGCCAAGCACUGCAACAGUGCACCAGGGAGCUUCUGCUUGAUGAGGAUCCUGCCGAUGCACAGCUAACAGCAGCUCCCCAGGCCCUGGAAGAUAAGCAGGGUCACCCUCAGAGAGAGGAACUAGAACCACAAAGAGAAAUAAGCACCCCAACGCAAUGA